UUAAAGUAUAUCCACUGAAGCUUAAUUUAAUAAGCAUUCAUAAUUCUACGACCCCAAAAGUGAAAACAAUAAAAUCCGAAUCGAAUCAGACGUAAUUGAAAAACUUCUGCAAGAUUCGUUUCCCGCCAUCGCUGCGUUCAUGACAAGCGAGAACGAGGCACAUUUUUGCGCAAGAAAAAGUGAAGAAUAGAAGCGACCAAGAAGCUUUAUAGCAAAAACGCAGCGAUGUUCACAUCUCGUAAAGCCGUCGACGAACAUGUCCACAAAAUGUUGGGCAAACUACCGCCUGGCAAAGAGCGCGAUUUGAAGGGUUGGACGGUGGGCCGACUGUAUGUCAAGGUGCAAGAGUAUGCCAAGGCCAUUGAGCAUUUGAAGGCAUUUCUGGCUGUUAACGAAGAUGCUGACGCCCAUAAGCUAAUCGCCCUUUGCUACAAGCAGCUAAAGAAGCCAGACCUGCACAAGGCAUUGGAUCACUAUCAGCGUUCCAUUCAGCUGAAUCCCAAACAAAACGAUGUCAUCAAGGAGGGCUGUCAACUGCUUGUCGAUAACAAGGCAUUAUUUAAUCCAGAGCGUGCCGUCUACUGGAAGGAAUUGGGCGGCAAGGUGCAUGAACUACAGAAUAGUGAUCUGCUGUUUGCCGUACAAUUGAUCGCUACAGGCUCUGACUCGACGGACUCCAAGGAUUCCAUGGAGAUGAUGAUACAGAAGGAGUUGCUAACGCGUCCACAUGAUACGCAUUUGCGUGUGCGUCUGCUGCACAACUAUUUGGAGAGCAAACGCAUCGAGGAUGCAUUCAAUUAUGCCUACAUUACGGAAGUGGAGACACCCGGUCAGUGUCAGUUGAGCGAGUGGUACAAUGUCAUCUGGACGGUGUUGCAGAAAUGCGAACAGUCCAAAGAGACAACCAAUAAUUGGCCCUAUUGGCAACUGUUGCUUAUUACCCUCGAUCGUCUGAUUGAGUUCAGUCUGCAGUCCUUGUCGCCAUCCAGUUUGGGUGACAGCAUCGCCCAGCUCUUCAAACUGGAUCAGCACUUGUAUAAAUUUAGCCAGUUAGCCAAUAAUCUGGCAAUCAAUGGUGGACGUGAACUGCAUCAGUGUUGUCUUCAGCACUAUGACGGACAGUUGCUGUUGCAUGCCACAACGGUGCUCUUCAAACGCGAACUGGCGGCCAAUAAAAAUAAAUGGUCGAAUACGGUACGUGCUGCUUUGCCCCUCCUCCUGCUGGGCUAUCAACAGAACGCAUUGAGCGAGAAGUCACCGUUCUGGCAGCGUCACUGCAGCAGCGUCCAGAAGCAGCUAUUGGAAUUGUGGCACAAUCAGGCCGCCUUUCGCUCGGCCCAACUGGGGCGUACUCUCUACGGCUGCCUGCAGACGAAGAGUGGCGAUGCCGCCGAAUGGCUCAACAAUUGGAAACAGGAGCAGGAUCAGCUGCAGGGCCUCUGGCCCAAUAGUGAUGAGCUGUUGGCCACCGUUCGUCAGCACUGUGCAGAUAAUCAAUGGCGCUCGCAGCUCUAUCUGCAAUUGUACACACAGCCCGAGCACAAGCUGAAGGAGCAAUCGUCGCAGCUGGUGCGCAAUACGCGUUUUCAGCAGCCGAUGUACGAGUGGCCAACGGUCGCCGAGAUUGAGGCGCAUGAGCAGCAGGCACUGCUGCUUGCACCGCCCACACUUGAGCAUCAUGUUUACCUUGCACUCGCCACCGAUAACUUGGCCGAAGCGCCGCGCAUUCAAUUCUACAAAUUGUUGCAACGCGAUUGCAGACAGCCCGUGAAUCACAGCUCUGUGGAUUCGCUUAGCCAACUGGAUGCUGAUGUCUUUCUGUAUGCUGUUGUGCUCCAGGCAAAGCGUAAGCUGCAAGUGCAACGCGAGAACUACAACAGCCAUCAUGUGGGUAAUCGUAAUGCCAACUCUCGUCCGCACAUGUUGCCAUUUGCCAAUGUAAUGAGUGGCAGUGGAUUGAUUACGGCGGAGCAGAGGCAUUGGUGGAGUCUGGUGCAGCGAUUCCAGGACAACAUUAAUUUGGCUGAACAUCGCGGUGCGUUGCAAUUGGGCCUGGAAGCGGUGCGUGGCCUCAAACCAAAAGCGGACAUCAUUCUGGUACUGCAGCUCGGCAAGCUGCUGGCGAGCCGCGAGGAUCGCCACAAUUUGGAGUCACGCAUCGAGACCCUCUUCAAGCUGGGCAUUAGCAUGCUGCGUCGCCAUCAACAGCACAAUCUCGAACCGUUCUACAAGUACUUCGAGUAUGCGAAUCCCGAGGCGAGCAGUACCUGGCAGCAGACACAACAGCUCGCCGAGGACGCUGUCGCCCAUUUGAGCAGUCGUGCGUUCAAGCAGCACCAUUACCUGGAGUUCCUCAACGAAAUCCGUGGCUUGCAGCUACCGAUGGCCAGCUAUUUAAUGGCGGAAACCUAUCGCCAGCUGGCCGACUCCAGUCUAGCAUCACGUGUGAAACGUCAAAAAUAUGAGGAGCGUCGCUUGGAGUGUUUGCGCGACACAAAAGAUUUGCUUGCCCACUAUGCCGAUCAUCCGCUUAGCACAGUGAUUCAGAGCGAACUGAAUUCGACUUUGUUGGGAGAGGAGCACUAUGGGUCACCUGAUAUUCAGCAUAACAAUUCCAGUGCGUAUGAGGAUGCUGAGGAUGAUUUCUAUGCGAAUGCGGCACACUCGCUAAAUCGCUCACAGAAUCGAUCGCGACGCCAGCUGGAAUUGCAGCAGACAACGCCGGCGGCGAAUACGUUGCAACUGGAGCAGAAGAUAAGUAAACAAUUGUGUGGCAUUAAGGAUCAUUUCGAUGGUGGUAUGGAGGGCUUGCGGCAUGAAAUCAAAGUGCUCAGCGAAAGGUUCGACAACAUCGAGGAGCUGCUCAAAAAGCUGAAGAUUAGCGCCGCCAACAGCCAACAGACUCGCGAUACGCCUACUCGGGAUGUGGACGCGGCUGCUGCAGCCGCCGCUCUCGGUCUCGAUGAGUUCCUCAACAUGGAGGAUGCACUGCAGACAAAUUACUUUAAUGGCAUGCAGCAGCAGCAACAGCAUCCAGCCGGAAUUCACAAUACUCCGGAUCGUUUCUUGCCGCCACCAGUUUCUGCAGCUGGAGCAGCACACGCCAAUCCUGCUGCUGCUGCGGCGGCUGCAGCAGCCGCUGCUGCUGCCCAAUACGGCACACCUAUGUUCAACCAGAAUCAGCAGAUGUACAACUAUUUUGCCAACCAAGCGCAAUUCAUGAGAACAACUCCCUCGGCACCAACGCCAGCUGGCAUUCCACCCAGUUUCUAUGGACCACGUGGACCGGGAAACUUUGGCGUGUCGCCCAAUAUAUAUAGCACUCCGCCCGCUGCUCCAUUUAUGGAUGGACUCAAUUAUGGAAUAACUGCAUCGCCGCACAGUCUGGUGAUGCCACAGGUUUCACAGGCGCCUCCAACGCUAAAUCAGGCUGCAGUGCAACCGGCAACCAAUGUACCAAUUGUGUCCACUGGCGGAUUCUUUAAUAGCGCACCAUUUGCGCCACCGCCGCCAAUGUCCCAACAGAUGCCACAACAGAUGCAACAACAGAUGCCACAACAGAUGCCACAACAGAUGCCGCAGCAGUUGCCGCCGCAAGUAGCACAAUCGGCGCCACUUGUGCAGCAUAAGCCCAUAUUAGCACCUGCUUCAGUUCCAUCGGCGACUUCAGUUGCUGCACCAGCGCCAGCUCCAGUGAUGCCAACUGUUCCCGUGCCGGCUGUUGCUCCCAUUCCGGCAGUUGCUCCUGUUCCGGCGAUUUUCAAUCGCGCUCUCAACAAUCAGCCCGUGGAAAAGGAGCCACCGGCCAACGUGGUCAUCACCAGUUCCGAUCCGUUGCCCAAGCCGGCCAUCGCUAAUGCGCAGCAGCAGACGCUAAGCGUCACAAUACCGCCGCAGCACAUCAAGCCCAGUCUGGUGCCGAACACGACGGAACCGCCUGCUGCUCUGCCGCCUGUUGCCAGUGCCAAUUUUAAUUUCAGUCUGGGUGGCAACAGCAACGGCAGCAACAUCUUUAGCGGUCUCUCAUCGUCGUCGGGUGUAUUCUCAUUCAAGAAGCAAGUGGAACAAGCGGCCGCCGAGAAGCAAAAGGAGCUAGAGGCCGAGGCGGCUCUCAACGAGAGCGCUGGCAGUGAGCAGCAGCACAAUCAGAGUGCGUCUGCUGCCGCCGAGGCAUCCGCUGAGCUUGACUAUGAUCCGCGUCCCGAUUUCAAGGGCAUUAUACCGCUGCCCGAUGAGAUUGAGGUGCGCACUGGUGAGGAGAACGAGCAGAUCAAGUUCAGUUAUCGUGCCAAACUAUUCCGCCAUGCCGACAAAGAGUGGAAGGAGCGCGGCAUUGGCCUAAUCAAAAUAUUGACAAAUCAAUCGACAGGCGACACACGCAUCAUAAUGCGACGCGAACAGACGCACAAGAUUUGCGCCAAUCACAAGAUUACGCCGGGCAUGACGAUCAGCACGCCUGAGCAGGAUAAAGAGGAGAAAUCGUUGAUUUGGGCGGCCAAUGAUUUUGCCGACGAGCAGCUCAAUUUAGAAAAGUUUCUGGUGCGCUUCAAACUGCCCGAAACGGCCAAACAGUUCAAGACAGCCUUUGAGGAGGCAGUCAAGGAUGCAGCCAAGGAUGCAUCGUCAUCAAGCGAAGCGCCCAAGCCAAAGCCGUCAAUAUUUGGUAGCACUGCAGUUAAGAGUUUCGUGACCAGUACGCCGGCUGCAUCCAAUCCGCUGGCCAAGCAAACCGAGCCGGUUAAAGGGGACAACAAGGUUUUGGCGCCAAAGCCUGACGCAGUCGUCGCAUCCAAGACACUAUUUGGCGGUAAAUUGACAAGUGAUUCAGCAACAACAACAACAACAUCAAGCGCUACUAAAGCGACGGCAUCUCCCUUUGCCAAUUUCAACUUUGGCAUGUCGAGCUCACCAAAUCUAUCCUUUGCCAGUGUCUCUGCAGUGGCAAACAAUAGCACCACCACUGGCUACACAACGGCCUUCAACUUUGGCAGCAGUGGCUUCAAUACCAGCCAGCAGCCAGCAGCAGACUCUAGCACUCUCCAGCUGCAACAGCAACAGCAGCUACCGACACAGUCCGAGGUAGCCGCUGAUGCGGAUGCCGAUGAGGAAUAUGUGCCAACGGCACAAUUUACGCCAGUUAUUCCCUUGCCGGAAUUGAUUGAGGUGCGCACGGGUGAGGAGAACGAACUGGUGCUGUUCGAGCAUCGGGCGAAACUGCUGCGCUACGACAAGUCGACUAGUGAGUGGAAGGAGCGCGGCUUGGGCAACAUUAAGCUGUUGCAGCUGAAAACGGAUCCGCAGCAGGUGCGUCUGCUCAUGCGACGCGAACAGAUCUUCAAGCUGUGCUGCAAUCAGCGUCUGCUGCCCGACACCAAAUUCAGCUAUGCGAAGAACUCGCAGAACUCACUAACCUGGGCCGGUCAGGAUUAUGCCGAGCAGGAGCUUACCACUGAGUUGCUUUGCGUGCGCUUUAAGACCGCCGACAUAUGCAAGAAGUUUUACGAUGCGGUCCUCAAAGCCCAAGCAGCCAUGUCAAUGGAUCAACCACCCAAUCAGCAGCAGCAACAGCAGAAUAAGCAGCCCGAUAAGGAUGACAAACAGCCGGCAGUAGCUCAAGGAUUUGGUGAUGCCUUCAAGCCCAAGACGGGCAGCUGGAGUUGCCAGGGCUGCUAUACCAGCAACGAUGCCACCCAGCUCAAAUGUUUAGCCUGCGAAGCGCCCAAAGAUGGCACAGCAGCCACCACUACCGCCACCAAAUCCGCAAAUCCUCCUGCUAGCAAGUUUAGUUUCGGUUUUGAGCCCAACAAGGCAAUGACAAGCUUUAGUUUUGGCGCAACACCUGCUGCUGCCAGCGUAGUGGAGGAUGUCAAGUUGAAAUCCGGCGAUGCAGCAGCACCCGAAGCAGCCAAAACAGUUGGCUUUGGGGAUGCGUUUAAGCCCAAGAUGGGCAGCUGGAAUUGCCAGGGUUGCUAUACCAACAACGAAGCCGCUCAACUCUAUUGCAUAGCCUGUGAAGCGCCCAAGGAUGACACAGUGCCAGCCAAAUCCGCAGCACUGAACCAAAGUGGUGGAGCCUUAAAUCUGAGCAGCAGUGCCAGCAAAUUCAGUUUCGGUUUCGGUCAGUCUACUGCAAACACAUCAGGCUUUACUUUUGGGACGAGCAAACCUGCCGCACCGGCUCUACAAUUUGAGAGUGUGGUCAAAGCGAAAUCUGCCGAAGCAACGCCAGCGGCUGGCUUUGGGGAUGCCUUCAAGCCGAAGGUGGGCAGCUGGAGUUGCCAAAGCUGUUAUACCAACAACGAUGCCGGCCUGCUGUACUGUGUCGCCUGUGAGGCGCCCAAAGAUGAUACUGUGCCCAAGAAGGAGAACAACACUCUUGGGCUUGAUGGUCUGACUGCACUUUCAGGCUCUGGCAGUAAAUUCACGUUUGGUUUUACGGCGCCUGCUGCAGCUGCAGUCGCUGCCGCAGCUCCGACUCCAGCUACAAUUGCUCCAUCCAAAAGUAAUACGGAGAGCAGCAGCUUUAGCUUCCAGCCAGCGAGCGGCAAUAAUCUGCUCUCAAACACAUUCAGCUUCUCAAUGCCCAAAGUGCAGAUGCCGCAACAGCAGCAACAACCCAGGAGUCCGCCUGGCGUUGGUGUUGGUGACGCUGCCGAUGUGAGCAACGAGGAUGAGAAUCAUCUCGACGAGGAGGAAAAUAAUGCAUACUUUGCACCGGUUAUUCCCUUGCCGGAUAAGAUUGAUGUGAAGACUGGCGAAGAGGAUGAGGAUCUGUUGUAUGUGCAGCGUGCGAAACUUUAUCGUUUGGCCGAGAAUGGCGAGUGGAAGGAGCGCGGCUUGGGCAAUGUGAAAAUUCUCCGGCACAAGGAGACCAAAAAUCUGCGCGUUGUCAUGCGACGCGAGAAAGUGCUGAAGAUCUGCCUGAACCAUGUGCUCAACUCGAAUGUGGCCUAUAAGCCCAAAGAUGAGAAAUCCUGGCUGUUUGCCGUUCACGAUUUCAGUGAGGGUGAAUCGGUGUUGGAGCGUUGCACGCUGCGCUUCAAGAAUGUGGAAAUUGCACAAGCUUUCCUCAAUGCGGUGAAGAGCGCCCUCAACGGCACUGCCGAGCCCAUUCGCGAGGAGGAAACGGGCAGCCAACAGCCACCAAAACAAGAAGUCCAACAGCAACCAAAUGAAUCAUCGAAUAAGGAAGACUCCUGCGUCUCCAAUGAGAUACGAACGCUGGCCAACAAACUGAUGCUCAGCUGCGAGUAUCUGACCAGCGAAUCCAAGUGUAGCGGCUGUCGUGGCUGUGAACCAGAUAACUUUGACUAUGGCCAGCCGGGUAGAAUGGAGGCGGCGAUAAAGCCGCUUCCAAUGACGCUGCCCGCAUUGAAGUUGCCAAUGCCCGUGAGUAAGGAGCCGGCUACUAAGACCCAGGAGGCGUCAGCCGUGGCGACGAAACAAACGCUGCUCAAAGCAAGCAUAUUGCCAUCCAACAGCGUCACCACCAAUACCCUAGCCACAAACAAUUCCGGCGGCUUUGGAGGUUUCAGUACCGCUGUCUCCGCCAAUUCAACGGCUACAGGCACAAUUGGAACGCCAAACAAGGAGAUCCGUGGAUUCGCUUUUGGACAAGGAGAUAAGCCCGUCUUUGGGCAGGGGCCAUUGCUGUUUGGAGGAGGCAGUGGCUCGCCCAAGCCUCAGCAGCAGUCGAUCUUUGGAGGCGCUUCUGCUGCUUCUGCGGGCAUCAAGUUUGGUGAACAACGUGACUCAAUCUUUGGCAGCGGCGUUAUAGUAAACAAGCCAGCAACAACAGACGAGACGACAACGCCCAAGUCCAUCUUUAGUUCGUUUACCAAAUCACUGGCGAACAGCCAGCCGCUUAGCCAGAGUUCGAGUGGAUUUAUGUUUGGCAACAACGCUGGUGGUGGCGGUGGUGGCACCAUAUUUUGCAGUCUGGCCAAGGAUAAUACGGCCAUCUCAUUUGUGGACGUGAACAGCAGCAAGGAUACGGUCCUUAAGGACAACAAGGAGAAUGUUGCGAUAAAGUCCGCGACACCCGAGCCAAAAGCGGACAAUUCAAACACAUUCUCGGAUUGGGCUGCUAAGUCGGGCGAUGAUUUUGCCAGUUUGGCUGCGAAGAGUGGCGCUAAACCGAUUGGAUUUCAAAAAUCCGAAACUGGCGGCUUCUUUGGACUGACAGCAGACGGCAAGAGCUUCAAAUCGACAAGUAACACAUCCAAAUCAACAACAACACCAACAACAGCAUCAUUAACAACAAGAGCCGAUGACAAUAGUACGGAUAAUGUCAAUGAUAAUUAUGAUCCAUACUACGAAUCGAUAAUUGCGUUGCCCGAUGAGAUUGUGGUCAGCACCGGUGAGGAAGACGAGGAUAAACUGUUUGGCGAACGUGCGACACUCUAUCGAUUCGAUGCGGACAAGAAAGAAUGGAAAGAGCGAGGCGUGGGUGAAUUGAAGAUCCUAAAGCAUAAAACGUUAAAUACACAUCGCAUGGUGAUGCGACGCGAGCAAAUUUUGAAAUUGGUGCUCAACAUGAAGGUUGGAGCUCAAUUUACCAUUGAACACAUGGGCGGGCAGCAGAAGAGUUUCGUCUGGGCUAAUUUUAAUUAUGCUGAGUCCACAGACGGUGUUGUGGAACGUCUUGCGGCCCGCUUUAAAAAGCAAGAUUUUGCCGAUCAAUUUCUACAGACGGUUAAGAAGUGCAUAGAGGAGGCGGCAUCAACUGCUACGGCGAAGGAUCAGAAAUAAGAUGUAUUUUGCCUAUAACUGGCAUUAAAUACUAGAAACGUACUAAACUUAAGCUAUGUAAAUGAAGAAUAAAUAUUGAAAAAAAAAUAUACAAAUUA